AUUUACGAUAGCACCGUGACUUUUUCUAUGAAUGCGACGUUCGACGACCGCGGACGCACAGUCGCGCCCUCGACGCGCCGCGGACGCUCGGGCCGCCCCAGCGCCGGCAGCACCGUCUAGUUCCGGAUAGGUCCACCGUGUGCCGUACAGCGUACUGUUUACGUGGGCCGGAGUCGUUGACACCGCUGACAUACAUUCCGCGGCCGACAGCCCGAAAACACGUUUUUCGCGAGUGCUUCAUCAAUUCCGCCGCGUUAUCGUUAUCGGCCGCGCACUUAUCUGCGUCAGUUUUGUUUGUGUAUCUGAUGCGGCCGCGAUAACUCCGCGAGACGUUCCGCGCCUUUUCACGAGACGCUCUUUCUUUUCGGUGUCCAAUAAGACGGUUGUGUUUCUGUGAAUGAGUUGGAGUUUGUUCUCUACGUUCCAUCGCGACAGUGAGGCGACAGUGAACGCUCGCUAACGAAAGUGCAAUAUUUACAUACCAAAGUGCCCAAAGCUAGUGUUAAAAGAUAUUUAUUUACAAAGUGCUAAAGAAAUUAAAUUAUCAUUUAUUUACUCGUAGAGAAAUUAACAUUAAUAUUUUUUUCUACAAAUUGAAACGAACGUCCCCCAUCGGCUGUCGUACUCGGCAUUCUCGUCAUCGGUACGCAAGUUUCGAAGUCGAAAGACAAAGUUAGAAGAUAGAGUGGUGUGCUCGCGCGGCCGGCGCGGGGCGCUCCAGCUUACCCGGGGCGGAAUGUGGCGGUGACAAAGUGGCCUACAUGCCGGUGGCGCUGGGCUCGCUCGGCGGCGAGGGCGAGUACCACCACCUCUCGCCGCACCACCCCCCGCACGCCGCGCACCCCCCGCACCCCGCACACCCCGCCCACCAGCACCACCUGCCGCUGCAGUACCAUGAGUACGCGCCGCCGCCGCCGCCCAUGUACCACCCCAUACCGGACCCCUACUUUAGGAGGCACGCGCCAUACUUCGGUCAGCCAGAUUAUAGAGUAUAUGAACUAAAUAAGCGGUUACAACAGAGGACAGAGGACUCUGAUAAUUUAUGGUGGGACGCGUUCGCGACGGAGUUCUUCGAGGACGACGCGACGCUCACCCUCACAUUCUGUCUAGAAGAUGGACCCAAACGUUACACAAUCGGCAGGACGCUGAUACCGCGGUACUUCCGCAGCAUAUACGAGGGCGGCGUGUCCGAGCUGUACUACACAAUGCGCCAGCCCAAGGAGUCCUUCCACAAUACUAGUAUUACCCUCGACUGCGACCACUGCACCAUGGUCACGCACCACGGGAAACCCAUGUACACUAAAGUGUGCACAGAAGGUCGGCUGAUCCUGGAGUUCACGUUCGACGACCUCAUGCGCAUCAAGUCGUGGCACCUCGCCGUGCGCGCGCACCGCGAGCUCAUCCCGCGCGCCGCCGUCCACGCCGGCCCCGACCACGCCGCGCUCGACCAGCUCGGCAAGAACAUUACGCGCCAGGGCAUCACCAACUCCACCCUCAACUACCUCCGGCUGUGCGUGAUUCUAGAGCCGAUGCAGGAGCUGAUGUCGCGGCACAAGGCGUACGCGCUCUCGCCGCGCGACUGCCUCAAGACCACGCUCUUCCAGAAGUGGCAGCGGAUGGUCGCGCCACCUGAAUCACAACGGCCAGCGAGUAAACGACGUAAACGCAAAGGCAGUGCGGGCGCCAACGCGGCGCCACCCGCGCCCGCCAAGAAACGCUCGCCAGGACCCAACUUUAGCCUCGCCUCACAGGACGUGAUGGUGGUGGGCGAACCGUCGCUGAUGGGCGGCGAGUUCGGUGACGAGGACGAGCGGCUCAUCACGCGGCUGGAGAACACGCAGUACGAGGGCGACGCCGACUGGCCCGCGCCCCCCGCCUCCCCGCCCAAGUCACCGCCGCCCGCGCACUGACCGCGCCCUGCACACAAUAUAUAGCCCAAUACGGACACA